UUCAACACUUCCUGCGGCUUACACUGACAGUGGCACUCCCUCUGAUGUGGCUUGAAUUCCCAAUAACAAUCAACAUGAUUGAUUUGGUCAGCUCCUUUGGUGUGAUAUCUACCACAGAGGUUCUUAUUGCCUCUGUGGUGUUCUCAGUCAUCUUCCUGUUCAUCAAGAACACCAGAAAAAAUGUCCCAGAAGGAACAAAGCCAGUGCCAGGACCAAUGCCGUUGCCACUGAUUGGGAACUUGCUCUCACUAGGCAAGAACCCACACCUUAGCCUAACCAAGAUGAGUGAGACCUAUGGAGAUGUGCUUCAAAUCCAGAUUGGCACAAAGCCUGUUUUAGUGCUAAGUGGACUGGAAACACUCCGACAAGCCCUACUGAAGAAAGGUGAUGUGUUUAAUGCACGUCCAGACCUUUUUACAUUUCGCCUGGUUGGUGACGGACAGAGUCUGACAUUCAGUCAAGAUUCUGGUGAAGUAUGGCAUGCACGCCGUAGACUGGCACAUAAUUCUCUCAAAACCUUUGCCAUCUCUCCCUCUUUGGCAUAUUCAGGCAGGACUCUAGUGGAAGACCAUAUAUCUAAAGAAGCCGAUUAUCUACUGAGGAAAUUCCAACAGCUAAUUGAAGAGAAAGGUGAAUUUGACCCUUUUAGAUAUGUGGUUGUUUCUGUGGCUAAUGUCAUUUGUGCAAUGUGCUUUGGAAAGCGAUACAGCCACGAAGACCAAGAAUUUCUAGACAUAGUCAACUUGACGAAUGAGUUUGGAGCAGCUGCUGCAUCAGGAAAUCCAGCUGAUUUCAUCCCUAUUCUUCAAUAUUUACCAAGUCGCACCAUGAAGAACUUUAUUGAAAUCAAUAAGAAGUUUACAGGGUUCACACAGAAAAAUGUUAAGGAACACUACAGAACCUUGGAUAAUAACUCAAUUCGGGAUAUUACUGACUCCCUUAUUCAGCAUUCUCAAGAAAGGAAAUUAGAUGAAAAUUCGAAUGUCCAGUUAACAGAACAGAAAAUUGUGAAUAUUGUAAAUGACCUUUUUGGAGCUGGGUUUGAUACCAUUACAACUGCUUUGUCAUGGUGUCUCAUUUACCUUGUGGCCAACCCAGAAAUACAAGAAAAAAUCCAGAAAGAGCUUGAUCAGGUCAUUGGUAGAGAAAGAAGGCCAAAGUUUUCAGACAGAGCUCAGCUGCCUUACACAGAAGCUUUCAUCUUAGAGAUGUUCCGCCAUUCAUCUUUCCUUCCCUUCACAAUUCCCCACUGCACCACCUCUGAUACCGUACUCAAUGGUUACUUCAUCCCUAAGGGCUUAUGUGUGCUGAUCAACCAGUGGCAAGUGAAUCAUGACCCGACCCUGUGGAAGGACCCAUUCAGUUUCUGCCCAGAACGUUUUCUGAAUGAGGAUGGCUCAUCAAUAAACAAAAUAGAGACUGAAAAAGUAUUGAUUUUUGGUCUGGGUAAAAGAAGAUGUGUUGGUGAAGCCAUUGGAAGAAUGGAGGUGUUCCUAUUCCUCACUAUUUUGCUUCAGCAGAUGCAGUUCUCCAAACAAGAGGGACAGAAACUAGACAUGUCCCCAACCUAUGGACUGACAAUGAAACAUAAGCGGUAUCUUCUGACUGCCAAACUACGUUUUCCUAUGAUGGCUACCGAUUAGAAAUUCUAUGACUGUCUGCCUAAAUGGGCUCAGAAGUGUAUUUACAUGGGUAUCUUGAAGCAAGGACAAGACUUAAAGGGUAACUCGGGUGGAAAACUAUAUGUAUUAUAUUUUUUUUCAAAUCAACUGGUGCCAAAAAGUUAAACAAAGUAACAUAGUUCAUAAGGUUGAAAAAAGACCAGAGUCCAUCAAGUUCAACCUAAAACCCUAAUGAGUGCCUACUGAGUUGAUCCAGAGGAAGGCAAAAAACCCUCAUACUAGAGGUAAAAAUUCCUUCCCCACUCCAAAUAUGGCUUCAGAAUAAAUCCCUGGAUCAACGUUCUAUCCCUAUAGACCUAGAAUCCAUAACCUGUAAUGUUGUUCUCAAACAGAUUUGUAAAUAUCUUCUAUUAAAAAUCUUAAUCCUUCCAGUACUUACCUGCUGCUGUAUGCUACAGAGGAAGUUGA